AUGACAGAAAGGAAGAAAAGGAAACUUUUCGCCAUUCAGAGACCUUUUCUCCUGAGCAUUUGCAAAGCCUAUAGAACAACAGCUAAUUUCUCUCUAUGCGUUCUUACUGGGAUUCCUCCCCUUCAUUUAAUUGCGACGAAGGAUUCAAUAAAAGCCAGAGUACUCCAGUUGAAAGAAGAUGCUUACCUGAACGGCUCCACCUUUUCUGCCUCAAAGUAUGAGUCUCCAGCCAUACCAUUGACCUACCAUCCUGCAAAGUAUUGUAAUUUAAUUAUCAAUACGGACGCUUCAGCAAUCAGUAGUAAAGAAUGUCCAAGAGCAUUUACAGACGGCUCUAAAAUUCAUGGAGAAGUGGGCGCAGCAUCAAUAAUCUAUUCUUCUUCCUCUAUUCCAACAAUAUGGCAAGGAAAAUUAUCUCCAGAAAAUUCCGUUUAUCAAGCUGAGCUGUCAGCAAUUCAAUCUGCAGUAAAUAAAGCUAUAUCAAAUAAUUUCAGGACAAUAGCUAUCUAUUCAGACAGUCAAUCUGCAUUAUAUGCCCUGAAGGACAGAAACAAUAAGAACCAACUGGUUCAGGAUAUUCAAAAUACAAUAAGUGCCCACCCAGAAAUCCAGUUUAUCCUCAAUUGGGUGAAAGCCCACAACGGAAACGACGGCAACGAGGCAGCUGACCUCCUUGCAAAGGAUGCAACGACUAACAUCAACAGUGAG